AUGGAACAGAAAAACAAUAAUCAUUCAUGUUUUGGUUGGAUUCAAUUAUUCAUAUCAAUUUCUAUUCCUAUCGCUAUUGGUGUUUAUACUGUAUUAGAAAGUAACCGUGAUUUUGCAAUAGCAAAUCAUAAUCGUAAACAAGACCUUGAUAUAGCCGAUGAUCAACAGAAAGAUCAAAUUCUUCAUGAAUGUCAAAAGACAUUAAGUAAAUUAAUUGAAAAAUAUGGUACAGAACUUAAUAAAAGUUCAUCUGCUUCACUUAUCGCUCGUUUUGCCACUCUUUCAGCAUUAAAUCGUCUAGAUUCUGCUCGACGAAAUUUUCUCGUUCGUUUAUUAUAUGAAGCUAAAUUAAUCACCUAUCGAUCAGACGAUUAUCGACCACCAGUUUCACUUGAAUACGCUAAUUUAACUGAUUUAAAAUUAAUUGAUGAAUCUGAACGAAGAGUAUUAUUUCAUCUUUCAUUGGAAAGUACUAUUAUGAUACGAGCUAAUUUUCAUGAAAUUAAUAUCCGCGGUGCAAGAUUUAAUGGUGCUGUACUUAUUAAUGCUGAUUUUUCUUGGACUCGAAAUGCUCCAACAUUUGAUGAUGAGAUGAGUACUCUUAGACAUAAUUCUCCAAAAUUGUUUUUCAAUAAUGCAAAUUUAACAUCUGCUUCAUUGUUUUCUGCUACAUAUGAAAAUGUUGAUUUCAUUGGUGUGAUAAUGAAUCAUGCUAAUUUACAUACAUUUUUCUGUCUCAAUUGUUUAUUUGAUUCUACUACUAUGAUUGAAGUAAAUUUAGAAAAUGCAGCUAUUGAAAACUCUUCAUUUAUGUUUGCAAAACUUGAUUAUGCUAAUUUAUAUCGAUCAAAGUUUGGUCUAAAUGUUGAUUUCUAUCAGACGGCUAUGAAUCAUGUUAAUGGUACUUAUACUAAUUUUACGAAAUGUGCAUUAAUUGAAACUAAAUUAAUGAAUUCAAUAUUUGAUCAUGCUGUGUUUAUUGAUACUACCUUUUCAAAUGCAUAUAUGCAUAAAGCAUCAAUGAAAUAUAGUAGAGUAAUCAAUGGAAAUUUUACGGGUGCAGAUUUAAGUCAUAGUGACUGGCGAUACGCUAAUUGUAAACAAUGCAUAUUUAAUCACGCAAAUUUGACAAAUGCUGAUUUGUUUGGUGCAACAUUUACUGAGAGUGAUUUUCGGAAUUCUAAGAUUGUGGAAAAACAAUUAUUACAAAUCGCCUCUCUAGAAAGAUCAAAGCUCCCUAUAUGA